CCUGGGUGCAGGGACAAAGUCCAGCGCGGCCGCAACACGGGACAACCGCGACGGGGGCCAUGUCCUGCACCACGAUCCCCUGGCUCCUGGUGCUGAGCCUCUGCGCCCAGCACACCGCAGGUCUCCCACCGCGCCACAUGGACUCCGUGGUGGAGAUGGUGGAAGCCCUGGAGUCAACCAGCCGCGGCUUCGCCAGCAUCGUGCCGGAGCUGGCGCGGGCACUGGGUGCCUGCAGCACCCCGGGGUGCCGCGCAGUGCUGGGCCACCCACCCACUGUCCCACCAGCUCCACCAAUGCUCAGCCGCGAGCAGUGGCUGCUCUUCACCCAACUCCUCCACCACGACACCACAGCGCCCGAGCGCGGCGCGGUGCUGGCACCCGACGGCUCCACCGUCACCCUGGGACCCCUCCUUGCCGGCAUCGAGGUUGGCCUCAGGCGGGCGUUGGGGUGGGCUGUCCCCACCCUGGAGCCACCCGUCGAUGCGCUCUACGCCGUCACCAUCACCGAAGCCUUGGGGACAUCCUUCCUCUUGGCCCGUGACAGUGGUGGCCACCGGCCGGCGCUGGGACCCGCCGGCUGUUGGGAUGACGUCAAUGACCCCCAAAACUACACCCUGCUGGGACCCCCCUCCCCCAUCCCCGAUGCCGUCGCCAACGCGGCGAUGGAUGGGGUGCUGUUGGGUGCCCAGCUGGCCCAAGCACCCAUCCCACUCGCCGAUCUCCUCCGGGGCUACUAUGGGACAGGCAACGGCACGGAGAAGGGGCUACCACCCAGCAGUUACCGGCGGCGAGAUUUUGGGGCGCUGGUGGCACCGAAGAAGCUGGAGGAGGAGGUGGCGGCGAUGCUGAGGGUGCUGCAGGUGCUGCCACCCACGCGGGAGCUCCUGGAGGACGUGAAGCCGGAGGAGGUGGUGGCCAUUGCUCGCCAAGCAGCAAGGGACUUCACGGAGGUCUAUGUGGCGUGCCCAGCCAUCAUGCCCCGGUGCAUGUGGGGUGCCCGUCCCUACCGGGGCACCCCCAAACCGUUGACCCUCCCCUUGGGCUCCGUCUAUAUCCAUCACACCUUCAUACCCAGCACUCCGUGCCGCACCUUCACCGCCUGCGCCCGUGCCAUGCGUGCCAUGCAACGCUUCCACCAGGACACCCGUGGUUGGGAUGACAUCGGCUACAGCUUCGUGGUGGGGUCGGAUGGGUACCUGUACCAAGGUCGAGGUUGGCACUGGGUGGGUGCCCACACCAAAGGCUACAACACCAAAGGCUACGGCGUCAGCUACGUUGGAGACUUCUCGACCACCUUGCCAGACCGUGAUGCCAUUGCCCUGGUGCGGGACAAUCUCCUGCCCUGCGCCGUGAGGACUGGCCGGCUCCAUCCCAACUACACCUUACGUGGCCACCGCCAGAUGGGUCACACCAACUGCCCGGGCAACUCCCUCUUCCAUGAGAUUGAGACCUGGCAUGGCUUCAAGUGAGGACCAGCCCUCUGGAUCCUGGUCUGGACGGGUGCGGGAGAGGUUGGAUGGUGAUCUAGGUGGAUGCUGGCCUGAUGGGUGAUGGUCUAGAUGAACCCUGGUCCAACAGAUGUUGGUUCUGUGGGUGCCGGCCUGGGUGGACCCUGGUCCAGACAGACCCUGAGCCAAGGGAUGUCAUCAGGGAUCAGCCCUGGGCCAGGUGGACACCAAACCCAUGGAUGCCAACCCUGAUGGACCCUGGUCCACGUGGACACCAGCCCAAUGGAUGCCAACCCUGAUGGACCCUGGCCCAGAAGAACCUCAACCUUGAAGCCUACCAGCCUGGACAGAUCCUGGCCCAGAUUGGCACCGGGCCAGGAGGGUCCUGACCUGGCCCCACCGGCCCAGCAGCCCCUUCCUGUAGCCACAAGCCACCAGAAAUCCCCCUGCAAUAAAGUCAGUGGCAGGACAUCA